AUGGUCCCAUUAUUUGUUGCAUUUUUGAUAGCCACUGCUCAGGCAAGUGGAUAUGGCGGCUAUAACAGUGGCUAUGGCAGUGGAGGUGGAGGUGGAGUAGUUACGGUUGUCAGAGGAGGUGGUGGUGGCGGAGGAGGAGGAGGAGGUGGUGGUGGCGGAGGAGGAGGAGGAUACGGAGGAGGAUAUGGAGGAUAUGGAUCAGGCGGUUAUGGAAAAACUGGCGGCUAUGGAUAUGGCGGCGGCUAUGGUGGCGGUAAUGUCAUGGUUGUCAGUGGAGGUCAUGGCGGUUAUGGUAAUCAAGGAUACGGAUCAGGCAGUGGAUAUGGAUCAGUAAGCACUUACCUUCCAGUCGGAUCCAAAGGUGGUAGCUUGAAUCUUGGAGGAGGAUUUGGAGGAGGAGCGUAUGGAGGAGGAUACGGAGGAGGAUAUGGAGGCGGAAUCGGAGGAGGAUAUGGAGGAGGAUAUGGAGGCGGAAUUGGAGGAGGAGGUGGAAAAGGUGGAGUUGUUGUUGUAAGUGGCGGAGGAAACGGCGGCAAUGGUGGAUAUGGAGGAGGAUACGGAGGAGGAUAUGGCGGUGGAUAUGGAGGUGGAUACGGAGGAGGAUAUGGUGGUGGUGUUGUUGUCAGUGGUGGUGGAGGUGGAGGAUAUGGUGGAGGAUACGGAGGAGGAUAUGGUGGAGGAAUUGGCGGAGGAAUUGGAGGAGGAGGUGGCAAAGGUGGAGUUGUUGUCGUAAGUGGUGGAGGACACGGCGGUAAUGGUGGAUAUGGAGGUGGAUAUGGAGGAGGAUACGGAGGAGGAACUGGAGGAGGUGGAAACGGUGGAGCUAUUGUCGUAAGUGGUGGAGGACACGGCGGGAAUAGUGGAUACGGAGGUGGAUACGGUGGUGGAUAUGGAGGUGGAUAUGGAGGAGGAUAUGGAGGAGGAAUUGGAGGAGGAAUUGGAGGAGGCGGAGGAAAAGGUGGAGUUGUUGUUGUAAGUGGUGGAGGUUACGGCGGUAAUGGUGGAUACGGAGGCGGAUAUGGUGGUGGAUAUGGAGGCGGAUAUGGCGGAGGAUACGGAGGUGGAUAUGGCGGUGGAUACGGAGGAGGAAACGGAGGCGGAUUCGGAGGAGGAUUUGGCAACGGCGGUGGAAAAGGUGGAGUUGUUGUUGUAAGUGGCGGGGGACACGGCGGCAAUGGUGGAUAUGGAGGAGGAUAUGGCGGUGGAUACGGAGGAGGAUAUGGAGGAGGAUAUGGCGGAGGUGUUGUUGUCAGUGGUGGUGGAGGUGGUGGACUUGGAGGAAAAGGUGGUUACAAGUCAUAUUAAACAGCUUCAGAAGCAGAAUACAUACAUCAAACCGAUGAAGAUCUACACUCGCCCGCUCAUUUUGUACAUAUAUUUAAAUCGUUACUGUCAUAAUAAAACAAUGUUCUUUGUUA